AGUAUUCCGGGGCGGCUUGCCUCAUUCAGGUUCAGCGGAGGCUCAGCGUGCACAUGACGAAGCUGGGCACAUGCUCGCCUGCAGCUCAGGUUUAUGUUGUUUCGACCCCUCCGCUCCCCCGCUUUCGAGUACACGCGCGCAUCGUCUUCCUCGCGAACAACCACAUCUGCCAGCAUCGCCAAUUGCACGCGACGCGCGUAUUGCAUAAUUCGAAAAUCAGGCGGAAGAAUUCAGCGACUACAUUGCGACCUAGGAUUUCCCAAUUUCUAAGAAUUUCACGAGCAAUCGUUUGCAGCUUAGAGGAUCUCGGUGUAUCUACAGCACCUACGUUCAAGCGCAACAGACACAACCUAAGCAAAAUUUCUAACAUGGCGUUUGAAAACCUGUCGGCGCAGGAUCCUGAUCCGCAACCCAUACCUAAGGAAGAGUUCACGGACUCAUCGCAAGACACUCAGCUGGACGAAGAAAAGCUGAAGAACUUUUUUAUCGGCGCAAUCGACAAUGGAACCACAAGCACGCGUUUCAUAAUAUUCGAUGGGAUGGGGGAACCGGUAGCGCAACAUCAAAUGGAAUUCAAGCAAUACUACCCUCAGUCGGGCUGGCACGAACACAACCCCAAGGAACUCGUCUCGACAGUCAAGGAAUGCAUGGACAGGGCGACAAACAUUUUCAUCGAUCAGGGUCACGAUGUUUCGGACAUCAAGGCUGUCGGUCUCACAAACCAGCGUGAAACAAUAGUAGUUUGGGACACAGCUACUGGAGAGCCACUAUACAACGCGAUCGCAUGGCCUGACACGCGUACCAAGGGACUCGUUCGAGAGUUAAAGGCGCGAGAAGGCGCUGAUGAGUUGCAAGACAUAUGUGGACUUCCUCUAUCCACUUACUCCUCUUCGGUUAAAUUGGUUUGGCUUCUUAACCAUGAGGAGUCGGUUCGAAAAGCUUACGACGAAGGUCGACUAUCGUUCGGCACCGUGGAUACAUGGAUAUUGUGGAAUCUAAACGGCGGCAAGGAGAGAGACGUGCAUGUCACGGACACCACUAAUGCUUCCAGAACCAUGUUCAUGAACUUGCACACCGUCCAGUACGACGAUAAACUCCUUGAAUUCUUCAAGCUAGAUCGAACGAAGCUCAAUCUUCCUAAGAUCGUCCCGUCGUCAUCGCCAGACGCCUUUGGAUCUAUAUCCACUGGAUUACUGAAAGAUGUCCGCAUUGCAGGAUGCUUAGGAGAUCAAUCGUCGGCUCUCGUUGGCCAGCAAGGGUUUACACCUGGGUCUGCGAAGAAUACGUACGGAACUGGGUGUUUCUUGCUCUACAAUGUGGGCGAGGAGCCUGUAAUAUCUAAGCACGGACUACUUGCUACAGUCGCAUAUGACUUCGGCGGCAAGCGUAAACCGGUAUACGCCCUCGAAGGCAGCAUAGCUGUCGCAGGAUCUGGUGUAAAGUUCUUGAUGAACAACAUGGGAUUCAUCACACACUCGCACAAGAUCAGUGAUCUUGCAGGGAGUGUGAAGGACAAUGGAGGGUGCAUCUUCGUUACUGCUUUCAGUGGUCUCUUCGCACCGUAUUGGAUUGACGACGCCAAGGGCACUAUAUUCGGAAUUACCCAGUUCACCGAACGAGGUCAUAUAGCGCGAGCAACACUCGAGGCCACAUGUUUUCAGACCAAGGCUAUUCUCGAUGCCAUGGAGCUUGACAGCGGGCAUAAGCUUAACAUGCUUGCAGUCGAUGGUGGAAUGAGCAACUCCAAUCUGUGCAUGCAGACACAAGCAAACAUUAUCGGCAUCCCCGUCGACCGACCAGCCAUGCGUGAGACCACCGCUCUGGGUGCCGCCAUCGCCGCCGGCUUCGCAGUCGGCGUGUGGAAAGAGUUUGACGAGCUCAAAGAGAUCAACCAGAAGGAUCGCAUGAUCUUCGAGCCAAACAUCAGCAAGGAAGAGAGCGCGAAGAUGUUCAAGAAGUGGGGGCGCGCUGUUGAAAUGUGUCGCGGGUGGUUGGACGCUGACGAGUCGAAUGGGGAGUUCUCAUAAUCUUAUGCACAUAGUCUGAGACAUAACACUUAUAUCCAUACCACACGGCUUGUAGCAGUUAUCUAGUGAUGAAACCGAUUUGGCCAUC